UGUUUCAUUUCGAGAAUUGUCAUGUUUGACUGAUAGUGUUAUGAAUUAUAUUUAUAUGGAUUGUUAUCCUGCGAUCAGUAUUGAUGAUGUUGAUUCUACAUUCUGUCAAGUUCUCAUGGAUCGUUUCACUAAAGAUGCUUAAUUUUUUUUUUCAGGACCAGUACCUGUUGACUGUUACUGACUGAAACAAUAGCAUACCCGCAGAUUCAAAACAACUAUGAGUGGGAGAAAAGGAACAAAAGGACUGGAAUUAUGGUGCAGGAAGAUGACAGAAGGUUAUCCUGGGGUCAAGAUUGAUAAUAUGACCACAUCAUGGAGGGACGGAUUAGCUUUUUGCGCCAUAAUACACCGCUUCAGACCAGACUUGAUUGACUUCCCCAGUCUAAACAAAGACGACGUCUACCACAAUAACGAGCUGGCGUUCAGAAUUGCAGAACAGUACCUGAACAUUCCAGCCCUUUUGGAUCCAGAAGAUAUGGUCGAGUACCAAGUACCAGACCGCCUGUCCAUACUGACAUAUUUGUCACAGUUUUACCAAGCAUUUGCCUGUCCGCAGGCACAGAACAGCGAAAGGCAUAUUAAUGAGAUCAGAGCGAUUAAGCAUUCCUUCUACGUGAAAAAAUAG